AUGCAGCCCAGCACGCCGGUGCAGCCAGUAAGCGGCACCUUCUUUGAGGCUGCGAAGCUGCUGCGUCCUCAUCUGAAAGCCCGAUCUGGGUCUCAUGCUGGUGCGGCCGUGCGUUCAGGUCUCGAGUCCAGUACUACACUACACACUGGCCGUGAUGCCGACUCGCGAUUGUCGAAAUCCUCCACUACUACAGUAGUUGACGGAGAUGAAGUGAUUACACAGCUCUACACAUCGAGUAGGCAGUACGAGGUUGCGAGUUCCCGGGUGUUGGGGGCAAUGGGUCAUCUGGACAUGGACGUUCCGGUUGAGAGUCCAGGAGCGAGCUCAGCAGCAUCGCCAGCGUCUUCGCUCUUCCCUUUGGAGAGCGCCUGGUGCCCGCUGUCAAGUACUAUUCCAACCGCAAAGGAAGAGAAAAAGCACGGCAAGUUCUGUCAGACGAGGAGUGGGGUGAAGAAAUCUCUUCGUCGUGAUGGACGUAGUAUUGCCGGCAUAUCCGCGGAUGCACUCCGUUCGGGCUUCUGCUCCACUUCAACUGAACACCUGAUAGCGACGAAGGAUGGUGAAGGCGAAGAAAAGGUGACUGAGUCGGUUUGCUCAAUGGCCUCAGAUGAACCACCUCGGAUCAUGCCGUUGCGUCUGUCGAGGUUUCUGCCCAAGCUGACCAUUAGCAUACCAAACAACGGCGAGAACGAGACCCGGUUCGAUGCUAGGUAUGACAUUGGCCAAAACGAAGACACAGCCAGUGAGGAUGAGACAUACCAUGUCGCGCCGCUUCGCCUGCGCUCGUCAAAUUUGACUGCAGCAACAAAGGGGAAUAGCUCUGCAGCUGAGACAUCCUUCUACUACGCAGUCAGCGCCAAAGCAGACGACCACGUCUUUUCCAAUUUACCUGCGACAUCUCGGAUGGACCGCCCGAUGUCUGGCUCCUUGAUCAAGCUACACAAGGCGAUGGAACAAACCUCCAACGACAGCAUCAAAACUCCAUCGGUUGCCUCCACGGCUUCGCAAAGGAUCACUCACUCACCCUCACUAAGGCUUCGACACACUGCCUUGAGCUCGACUCCCGGCUUACAAUCUGACUCAUUACGAUCUCACUACUCGGCAUCAGAGCCUGAACCAAACCUUCUUGUGCUGAAGGCACCAAAGAUGCCGCUGCAAGACGACGGUGGAGCUGGAAAGGCCUUGCGCCUAGCACCCAGCCUUGAAGAGGGUCUCUGUGCAGACGAUCUGGAGGUGUUCGAGGAGAAUGCAGUAGCGGCUGCUGCACCUAUUGUCCGUGGUGUUGACCCAAACGUCGUAGACAUUCGGCAUUCGAAGGUGAGUGAGACAUACGCAGAACCAGCCCACACUGUCUCAAUUCAUCAGCGGUUUGAAGAUAGGCUGGCUGUUGACACUCUUGUUCUUCCAGACGCAGCUCUCUUUCCUUCCUUAAGUAUGCUCGUGGCCAAGCCGAACAAGAACCUCCCGGCAGUGACGUCUGGAACGUCCUCGGAGUGUAUGGCUGCUUCGCCGUCUGUAGCUUUCAAGCGAAUCUCAACAGCAUGCUCGAGUUCUACGGCAAGUGUUAUAAUACCGACCAUGCCUUUCCAAGUCCUUGAGACUAUAGUCUUUUCUGCCGCAUACGGAGAUAUCGAGUGCCGAAAGUUGGCGUCAACCUUGUACAACGAGAUCAUAGAAGCAGAGAACGCAGGUAUUGAACCACGAUGGGACAUUCAUAAGCAGCGACUCUUUCACCAAUCGCAUCUUGUGCAGGAUCUUUACUCCGGGAUGCAGCACGGGUAUCUGCGGCAGGAUGUCUUCGAAACAGUCCGACAGCAGCUGUUUCCCACUGGUGCCACAGAACCGAUGGAGAGCCGAGAUUUCACGGCAUACAUCUUCGGUGCUGUGGGUUCGCUCGCCCUGGAUGAAGAUCGAGCACAGCAGAUAUUGAAGCUCGCAAUCAACGAUGAGCCCUUCAGUGAAUCCUCACCGGAGGAGGAGACCUUCUUCGAACGUGAGUCUUUCAAUACAGAGGGCUUCGUAUAUGAAGACAGCACUGAUGGUGACCAUUACGAACGUCUUUGCUCGGUGCCUUCGACUGCUGGUACGUCUGAGUCUCCAAAGCCAGCACCACAGUCUGCUUGGCGGUCAUGGAAAUUCUUCUUGAAACUCGCUCAACUAUUUCGCCUUGGCCGUUCGAGGCGGACAUCUCAGACGGCAUAG